UCUCCUUCAAAAUGUGGUUCUGGAAACUACUGUGAAAUACAAUGGAGACUUUCUUUUUAUUUUUGUUAAUUGUUGGACUGGCAGUUUGCCAGGUUCCUAAAGAUCAAUCAUGGUACUCUGUUGGCCUGGAUUAUGUGUAUGAAUAUGAGAGCCAGGUGCUGUCAGUUGUAUCUCAGAGCGAUCAGGGGGCGGGGCUUAAGCUGAAAUCCCCAGUCCUUAUACAAAUACCCGCCCCGGGUAUGCUCAAAGUGCAGCUGACCUCUCCUCGACUGUACAAGAUCAACAGUCCUCUGGAUAAAGUCAGUGUCCAGGAUAUGAUCCCUAUGGAGAAGUGGGAUGAGCUGGUUGAUAAAGACACACUCCAUCUAAUUCAACACCUUACUAAACCUGUCUCCAUAAGGUACCAUCAAGGUCAUGUGGAUGAGCUGGUCAGUGCUGUGGAUGACCCGAGUCAGUCUGUAGACAUCAAGAAAGCCAUUCUCAGUCUGCUGGAGGUCAACUUAAACAAGCGCCAGUCACUCCACAUAGACAAAAAAGUGCCGAGCCCGGAUGGCAAACCUGUCAUGUACAGGGUCUUUGAGCCCAGUGUUUCCGGUGAGUGUGAGACCACAUAUAGACUGGAAAUUCUCAGACAAGAUGAAGAAAGGCCGGGUAUGAAGGUGGAGAAAGUGAGGGACCUUCACAAGUGUUUAGAGAGGGCUGUCCAUGUAUCUGGGCUACUGGAUUGGAAAUCUUGUGAAUCCUGCUCAAACAAGAGUGUUGUGCUGUCACCCAGCUCCACAGUGAAGCUCCAACUGGCCGGUACUCCAGACAAGUUCCUGGUUAUGGAGGCCUGGUCUGAAGCACAGUAUGACUUUGUGCCCUACGCAGAGGAUAAGGGCAUGAUUGCCACCUCUAGCAAACAAAGCCUGUCAUUGGUUGAUUCCCGCCCAAUCAGCACCAAGAUACAAGACCCGAAACCCACAAUGAAACAUGAGGAGCCGUUGAAAGUUACAGUUAAAAAUGCAGAAAAGCUGACCAUUGCUCCCAAAAAGCAAUACAGAAAUCAGGAGGAGAGAGAUGAGAUUGUAAAAAAGGUUGAGAAGUUGUUGCAUGGCCUAGAGACUUUGACGAAGGAUCGUGUGGAGGAGGAGGCUGCAGACCUACAGGACGAGCUAACCAGAAUGAUCUGGAAACUGGAGAAGUCAGAUAUUGACCACAUCCUAGACUACAGCCUUAAAAACACCAUCAUGUACCCAAGGGCAAGGAAGAUCCUGUUGGACCUCCUCCCCUUUAUUGGCACCUACCCUGCUGUUGAUGUUCUCAUGGCAAGGAUUGAGAAAGGGGAGAUAAGUCCCCAGUCAGCUCCUAUCAUGCUGGCCUCCCUUGCCCUCAUGCCUAAACCGGAUAUCUUCAUGGUGCAGAGAAUUAAGGACUAUGUAGAGAAGGCUGCCUGGAAGACCAAGAUGAUGAAGCAGUCAGCCUGGCUGUGUCUCACUGCCCUUGGACACAAGAUGACCUUGAUCAGUAAGCAGGAGCUCGAAGAAAUCUCCCACCAUGAAAAGAUGAUUGACCAGCUGAGGCAAGGAGCCAGUGAAAAGGACCUGAGAAAGAAACUUGACAUGAAGUUAGAACAAGUUAGGGACAGGUACAAACAGAUACAGGGUCUCGUCGUCACAGAAAAGGAGCAGAUUACGGAGAUGGUGAGGAAACUCCUUAAAACAUCUGAGCCAGACUCCAAACUGCUGGCGUUGAAGGUGAUAUUAGGUCUUGGAUUUGAAGAUAUCCUGUCUGAACUGAGCGAGAUCAUUAAAGACAAGGACACUGACAGACUGUGGAGACUCCAGGCCGUGGCAUCGACUCAUAGGAUAGCAGUGGAUCAUCCAGAGAAGGUGAAGGCAAUACUGCUGCCACUAUUCAUGGACAGAGAGGAGAAAGAAGAUGUCCGCAUGGUAUCCUUCCUCACAGCCCUGGCUGCUAAGCCCUCAAGGGCAGAGCUGGAGUUGAUUGCUCAGUCUCUGGAUGAUGAGCCAAGUGAAGAGGUUAUCUCCCUUGUGUAUUCUUCCCUGAAGGAACUGUCCAAGAAAUCUCCGGACUGUUUUAACCCACUAGCAAAGAACUGUAGCCUUGCUCUAAGACUCAGCAAAAAGUUUGACAUCAGCAAACAGAAGUCAAGCUAUACAUUGAAAUCCAUGUAUAGUGAGACCAUGAAGAUGGGUCACUCGUAUCAACAAAUCCUGAUUGGCUCUCCGAAGGAGUACAUUCCACGAUUCAUCUCAGCGAAAUACUCUGCUGCUGCUUUAGGAAGGUCCACUGAUAUUCUUGAGGUUGGGAUGCUGUCCAGGGGUAUGGAUUCCCUGUUGGAAGAUGUGAUGGACAAUGACAAGGACUCCCAAUUACACUCCAUUAUUAUGACCCUCCUACACCCCCGUCAUCCUCGUAGUGCCAGCGAGCCUCUUCAAGAAAUCAAGGAUAUUAAGGACAAGAGCAUGUUCAGCAUGACAUUCACACAUGCAGAGCUACACAUGUUCAGCGUGACAUACACACAUGCAGAGCUACACAUGUUCUGCGUGACAUAUACACAUGCAGAGCUACACAUGAUCUGUGUGACAUACACACAUGAAGAGCUACACAUAUUCAGCGUGACAUUCACAUAUGCAGAGCUACACAUGUUCAGCAUGACAUUCACACAUACAGAGCUACACAUGUUUAGCAUGAUAUUCACACAUGCAGUGUUACACAUGUUCUGGAUGGCAUUCACACAUGCAGAGCUACACAUGUUCAGCAUAACAUUCACACAUGCAGAGCUACACAUGUUCAGCAUAAUAUUCACACAUGCAGAGCUACACAUGUUCAGCAUUCCAUUCACACAUGCAGAGCUACACAUGUUCAUGAUACCAUUCACACAUGCAGAGCUACACAUGUUCAUGAUACCAUUCACACAUGCAGAGCUACACAUGUUCAGCAUUCCAUUCACACAUGCAGAGCUACACAUGUUCAUGAUACCAUUCACACAUGCAGAGCUACACAUGUUCUGCAUGGCAUUCACACAAAUUGGUGUAAAGCCACUGAUGCAUGAGAAGCCUGAAGGUCAUUUGUACCUGAAACUGUUUGGACAUGAGCUUAUGUACAUUGAUCUGGGAACACUCGUCCCACCAUCUGACAAGCCAUCCAUUAUGGCUUUACUGAAGGAGAAACUCAUUCUGUUGGACUCCCUUAAACAACUGCUGAAAUCUCAGAAGUCCUACCUCCUGCCUCUGCUACAUACCACGGUUACCACAGAGACAGGCCUGCCACUCUGGGUCAAGCUGGACAAGCAGGGAUUGGUCAGACUUCAUGGAGAUAUCAAUGUCAACGAGGGGCCUGCUUCCCUAGCUUCAAGCUCCUUACUAACAAAGAUUGAUUCUCUAUUAAACGUCAGAUCAAGCGGCUUCUUCGAAAUGCGAGCCAAGGUUGAAGUUGGAUUGAGACACAUUUGGUCAGGGGUUGAGAUGAAAUGUUCGGCCCAUAUGGACGCUCCGCUUUCCCUGAAAGUCAGCAUGGACCCAGACAUUACCAAAAUGAUCAUUAAAGUGAAAGACCAGAAGCCUGCACAGCCCCUGAAGCUUCAGUCCCGUGUUCACACCAUGAUCUGGAGGGACCCUUCGAUGGCUGAGUCCUACCUGCUGCCUGAUGACAGCCUGGAAAUCAGGGCUGUUGAUGGGGUUAGGCCUAAACCUGUCAUGUAUGAAAUAGGCGAAGAAAUUUUGGGCCGAAAGUUGAUACUGGAGGGAGAGUUACUUGAGAGGAAGGAUGAGUUAUCCCCCUUUGCACCUUUGACAGGAAAGCAAACCCUGAGGCUGAAGUACAAGCCCCUGAUCCCAGACGAUCUUGUCAUUCAACUGCAACAUGUCAGAGAUUCAAAUGACAUCCCAGAAGAUGAACCUUCUUCAGGAUGGUUUCCGCCUUUGAGUUGGUUGGUCCCCAGCAGCCAGGCUGGUCAGGAAGAAGAUCCAGAAAGUGACAGUCCUGUGGAAGACUUUAUUGACCUCGAAACGAAAGAUCUCACCAUGGAUCAACUUAAGAAACGAUUUAAGAAAGACGCAGAGAUCUUGAAAUCCGGACCAAAGUGUGGCUUUGUCUUGCGGCUAGCAGAUGCAGGCUCCCAGCCCAGUCAUCAGGUCCAACUGGCCACACUUUAUCAACGGGAACCAGAAGGCAAGGUGGCUUACUCUGUGGAAGUCAGACGAGCACCAAAACCAGAUGAGGAUAAGUCAUGGAGGCUUGUAAUGGACAUGAGACUGGAGCUGGCUGACCAUGACAUAAAACCCUCCGAUAUUCUGGAUAUUGAGUACCAGAAACACAUUCAACACCAGAUUCACAUGUCCAUUUCUGAAGAUGGGAAACGGAUUGAUUCAUUGCUAGAUCUUGGCUCAGACUUCAUUGACAAAGCUUCAAAACAACUCAAAAAGCUUUUGAAAAGGGACAGACUUGAUGAAAUCAUUGAUGACACAAUCAAUUACAUGAUCCAGAAAACAACAGAUCCUGAAUCUAUACACCUUCAAGAUGUUAUUCAGAAGCAACGCAGGGUGGAAAAAGAAAUUGAUGGGCUUGGUAGGAAACUAAUUGAUAUUAAGUAUGUGAAGAAAGUUCUUGAUGAAGUUACAAUGAAGAUUGAGAAAUUGGAACACAUCCUACAUAAAACAGAGGAAAUGUUGGACAAGAUUCCUGAAGGAGAUCAGAAAGCUGAAGAUGCUGUUGCAGUCUUGUACAUUAUGGACAGUCAAAAAAAGGCAGAAAAGAAAUUAGAUAAAAUAGCUAAUAAACUUGCACCAUACCUAAGUGUUGCUGAGAUAGAAGAUUUGGAGCAAAAGAUUGGUGAACAGAAGAAGAAACUUGAAGAGAUUCAAAAGAAACAACAAAAGCAUACUAUUGCUAAACAACCCUCUGAGAUCCAGAAAUCAUCCCUUGAAGUGAAUCCCGAAGAAAAAGAUAUAUAUUCACAUCUUGUUGAGGUUGAGAAAAUGCUUACAACUCCUGCUGCCAGUAAGAAUAAAGAUAAACCAAUGACAGAAUAUGAUGAAAUAAAAGAAAAGAGGAUGAAGGACAUUACAGAUAAUCUAAAAUUGUUGAAGGAAAAAAUUGAUGAAAAACUGCUCAAGGAACCAAGACUUGACAAAAUGGUGCGUGUGAAGGUCCUUGAAAUUUUACUUAAACAAAAACUUGUUGACAAUGAGAUAGAGAAAGACUUGAAAGAACUUGACAAGAAAAUCAUGAUUAGUUACAUCAGUCAUGGACAAUCUUCUAUAGAUAAUGUGUAUGACGUAGGGAGAAGGUCUUUGCUACAACAAAAGGCUGUACUGAAAAAGGCGACCAAAGAAUUGGCUGAACGAUUAGCUAUUUCCCUUCAGAUUGAAAAAGGAAUGAAGAGUCAGUUAGCUUACCUUAAAGUAGGUGAUAAAGAAGCAAUUGAUGGGCUGAAGAAAAUGGAACUGAAACAAAUUCAGCAUCUUGAAAAUUUGAAGAAAAAAGAAAUAUCCCCCGAAGAUCUCAUGAAACUAAUGGAUGACUUAAAGAAAUCUAAAGACAAAAUAAAGAAAAUAAUAGAUUCACAAGAGAAGAGUAUUAAAGACAAAGAGGCAUCUGUGACAUCCCCUGUUGUAGAAAAGAGCUUAAAAUCUCUGGUGCAACUGUCACAACUGUUAGAAAAGGUUGAUAAAGCAGCCAAGGACAAAAUGAAGGAAAAGAUGAUUGAAGGAAGACAAUAUGGUGAAGAUUAUAAGCAGAUUAAGAGGGAUACUCAAGAAAUUAAAAGUGAGAUCAAACACAUGACCAUAAAAUGUGAAGACCUGUUGAAAAUGACAAAGAAAGUGAGUAAACUACCUGACCAUGAGGUGGAUGAAAAACUUAUACCAAGGGACCAACCCUGCUCAAAACUAACCAUUUUGAAGAAGUUGCUCAAGGUCAAGACACAUCAGAUGGAGUUGACACCUUCUCUGAAGAAACUGCAUAAGCUUAUGCGUUCCCCAUCCCCAACAGGAGCCGUGGACAAAUCCACUCACUUGGUCACAGAGAAGCACCUUCUGUAUGAUGUCAUCUCUAAGCUGAUAAAGGCUCAGGAGGAGUCAGACACGAUUAAAGAUUACCUGCAGCAUCCAGAGAAGUCACAAUGUGAGACCCCUGAUAUGUUGAAGGAGGUUUCUGACAUGCAAGACAAACAGAAAGCACUUAUUGAUGAGGUGGAAGAUAAACUAAGGGAGAAGUCCAAAUCUGAUGUAUCCUUGCUUCAACCGUUGCAGAAAAUCCAGCAACUUAAGGACCAAGUACAGAGACAGAAGCAUGAUCUGGACAUUCUAAGAGAUCUGAAAGGUGACAAAAAGGAGAAAAUGGGUGAAGAGAAACAAAUGGAAUAUCAUUCCUCGAAUAGCAGAUCAAAGGACAUCUCUGGCAAGAUAGUAAUCAAAUAUGGCAAGACAGAUGAGUUGGAGAACAUGAUAACUAUUCUGAUCCUGAGCAAGAAGUCAGUGGAACAGCUAAGAUGGGAGAGAGAACAGCAGUUGCCAGGACGACAGGACCCACUGGUGAGGAGUUACCUUGACGACAGAAGGUCACCUGAUGAUGUUACCUCCCCUGUGUACAUGGAGCUAAAGAAGAAACUGAACACUAGGAGGCAUUUUGAAGUGCUUGUUGCUUAUCAGGAUGGUCUCCCUGAGCCAGUGAGAAAGAUGGUAUGGAAGAGCCAGGAGCUGAUGAAAUACAUGUACAGUGACAAACUGACCCUGGACAUGCCCGACCAGGACAGCAAUAUGAUCACGGUCAAGGCUGAAUUCAGGAUGGAUGGCAAACAUAUGGAUCUAGAGAUCAAGACUCCAUGCGAGACAGACAUCAUCAGGGACAUCAGAACCCCAGAGCUGGUGAAGGAUAUUUCCCUUCAACGCCCCAUGGAGGACAAUUUACUGCUACCACUGUUACCUGAACCUGUCUCCUGCCAUGUCAGCCCCAAAAGGGUUAGGACCCUGGCACAGAAGACGUUUGAGAAGGAAGAUGUUUCCCCAGAGUGUGAGAGGGUGCUGGCUAUGGACUGUUCUGACAGGCAUUCCCUCCUUAUCUCCAGCAAGCCCCUCACCUCACAUCCAGAGAAAAAGAUUGUUAAGAUUCUGUCAAAGUCCCGGAAGGUGGAGAUGAUUCCUGACCCCAAGUCCCUUUCCCCACAAGUGAAGGUUGAUGAUGAACCAAUCGUAAUGCCUGCAGGUCAGGAGAUGUUAAGGGUGAGCAGCCCUGACAAAAAGCCAGUGUGGCUGAGAAGACUGCCUGGUGGAAGUGUGGAGGUCAGACUGCCCCAUAGUGGUGUCUCUGUGCUCUCAGAUGGAACCAAAAUUUCAAUCAAGGUGCCCCCUAUGUUGUCCAAUCGCCUGUGUGGUGUGUGUGGCAGUGUUGACGGACUGAGAGGCCCACAUUAUGUGGAGUAUCAGGACCCUCGACAGUUCCUGGCAACCUACCUCAUUCCUAGCGACAGAUGUGUGGCUUCUGAGGAGCUGAGAAAGCACGGUGUACAUGAGGUCCGAAAGCAGGCCAAAUCAGUCCUGCCCAUGACGGCUACGGACAUAAAGCUGGUAACCAAGAACAGGAUCCCAAAGACAUGUUUCUCCAUCCAGCCAGUAUUGAAAUGCCCGCCAGGGACCCAGCCUGACACAACAAAGUCCCAGCCCAUAACAUAUCACUGCUUGCGGUCAAACAGUGACCGGGCUAACAGCUACCUGGAAAUUGUAAAGUCCAGAACAUUAGCGGAGAUUAAGGAUAAAGAGCCGGACCUGACCGAGGUCCAUUCCUUACCUGUAUCUUGUGUGAAGAACUAGGAACCCAUACACUAAUGAACAAUUUUGACUGAACAUGGAUUAUUCAUUGGAAUCAAGA